GAAGUUCUAUUAAAUUCAUGGUAAUAACUAUCCUGCGAUGGAUGCGAUGGGUAGCAAUCCAAUUAAAAAUAGCCACAUAUUGUUUCUAUCAAGUCAACAUCCGGUUAAUUAUUGCAUACUAACCAGGAGAGUUUGCACUCUCUUCGCAGAUUUGCUAAUUGCCAGCUUCGCUAAUUGCCAGCUUCGGUCAAUGGUUUUUGUUGACAGAAGUAUGAUGCGAUCAGAUUCUGCAAAGACUAACUACCCUGGAAAAAUCCCGUACGGGCUGGAUCUUCCUAGUGAUGUUACCGAUCGGAAGCUUCCUGAUGGAGUUACCAAGUGAAAAUGCAAUCUGGAUAAGGCGUAGGAUGGGGCAAAAGACAAGGCUAAAUGGCUCAUCAAACGUGAGAAACAUGAAUUUGGAAUGUUCAAAAGGCCCAUAAAUUUUUCCUGAUCAAAGGUUAACAAAACAUCACUAACUGA